CCAGCCUUUCAAACUUGGCGUGUAGAUUCGAAAGGCACUGGCGCGGAUAAGAAGCAACCAGAAUCCCAAAUACGACCCCUUGCGCCAAACACAAAACUGCGCAUAUUGCAUUUGGGAAUGUCCGCUGUCAACUUGGUACUCGGAUCUUUUUCGGUUGCUUGUCUAGUCCGUGAGGGUCUUCGCUGAUCGGAUCCUGGUGCCGUCUUCGACGUAGAGACCGUCGGGAUACCUGAUCCCUUCUGUCACCUUGGAACAGAUCCAUCCAUGCAACCUUUGAGUCAGAGGUCCGACGUCCUCCAGAACACCCUCGGCAAACGCCGGGGAAUUACCGACCUGGCUCAAUUUGCUCUCGAUCUCAACUGGGUCAGGGCAGACUCUAAGAGCACUGCUCGCUCGGAGAGCUAUCCUUCUCCGCCCAUGUCAGGGUCCCCACCACUUCCCCCGAAAGCAAGCCAAGAGGCCGCCGAAAGACGUCAGGGCGUAUACCAGGCGACGACUCGAGAUGGCUAUCGAGGGAUUGCAGUCACCCACGGAGAUGAAGGACUUCAGUUGAGGGCCUUGGCUCAUACACGCCCAUUUCUCCCAAAUCCGCCAGAACGCAUGUCGUACGAGUAUCAGCGCGCAGAGUCAUCGAUGACAAGACCGCAUCCCUACGAUGCACCGCAUGGUACAGCAACCCUUCAGCCUUCUUUCCCGCCGAUUGCUGGGUCAGGAAGUGUAGGAGGUCCUUUGCCUGGUCCACCGCCCCAUUCCACGGCUCUGUAUCAUCCAGGGCAUGAUUCUCACCCGCAGACGUCACCCAAGCCCCAAAGGAAGACCAAAGGCCAUGUGGCAUCUGCAUGCGUGCCUUGUAAAAGAGCCCACCUAAGAUGCGAUGCACGGCGUCCAUGUUCGAGGUGCUCCAGUAGCGGCAAAGACGACGCAUGCAUCGACGUUCAACACAAGAAACGUGGCCGUCCACGGUUGCGGGAUGAUAGGGCGGAUAUAAAAUACGACAGUACGAGGUUUGGCGUUCCAUCGGAUGGGAUGAGAAGGCCGCUGUCAUCUCAAUAUCAUUCUGGUUCUUCGUCAAUCCUUACGUUCGACGACACCCUUCGCCGAACACAGUCAUACCGCGUCCUCAAAUCACAGCCGCCCGACUCCGCAAUGUCGAGAUUUGCCGAAAGAGGCUCAGCCCAUGAUUCGAACGUUUUCCUCGCGCCCUUGACUAUGCCAACAAGACCUCCAGAGCCAGUGGCCUAUUUAACAGUCGAUCUUCAAAUUGGAAAGGCAUCGAAGACAUUCCUGGAUGCGAUCGGCAGAGUGUCUGUUCAUGGCCUGAGACUCGCUGAUUUGGUUGUGGGGCAUGAUCGAGAGAAGGUAGCGUCUAUCCAGCGACAGAUGGUGGACCAACAAAGGAGAAACGAACCAAACUAUCUUCCACCUAUUUUCGGAAAAGCAGAGGAAGAAAGGGUCAUGGAUAUGUUGAGCUUCUCCCCGGAGGAAAUCUCAAAAUACCCACUGGAUAGACAAGAUAUCCUCACCUUCCUGGGACAAGAUGGACUACCGCGGCAGCUGUCACUUCGGACUGCGUUGUCCAAGCGAGACUCCAUAUACUAUGUCGUUCUGCUGCUAAUGAGCCCUGUGCGACCGUUUAAUUAUUCCGAGUCCUCACCUAGUAUCAGAGAGACGACUCAGUCAUACCAGCCAUACACGCAAGGGCCGCCCGUCACGACAGAUUUUGGUCCCCGGCAUUCACGACCUGCCGAUAGCGGAUAUGGAGAGGGGGCACAUGUACCAGCCGCCCCACCGCCACCACGAAGUAUGACGGGAUUUGGGGCGAACAUGCCGUCGGCAUAUAUCUCGUCGCCAAGUAGAACGGAAUAUGCCAGUGUGAUGCCGCCGUUCCAAAUCCCAAGGAGCGAGCUGAUAUCGCCAAGCCGACCUGACCCGUUGCCAGCGUUUCAACUACCGCCGAUACGCAACCACCAACCGCAUGCUAUUCAACCGCAGGAGGUGCAAUACCGAAGCCGGGAGGAACGUUCGCGAGUCGAUAUUGGCGGUUUGCUUGAUCAUCCCAACCCAGCUGAGCACGCCCGCCAAUAGACGAUAUGUCAGCUACGUCCUCAUUGAUGAGAACAGAGCUGGGCUGCGAUAGGUGAAGGGUUUCAUGAUGACGUCCUUUUAUAUUAGGGAGAGCCCUUGAUCGGUCGUGUUUCAGAGGUGUUUUUAUUUUUGGAAUAUUUUUUUUGUUAC